UGGCGUGCGCGUGUUGAAAAGGCACCGCGUGCCACCCGUCAUUCCAAAGUCGCUCGUUGAACAGGCGCCACCAGCAACCGACACGGUCCUAUUGCCUGACGACAGACACGCGAAAGGCACGAGCGCCGCGCGCCAUCACCACGACUGUGCUGUCUCCGCCUCGCGCCAGACAUCGCUGCGGUAUCUCUUCUUUCCUCGUGAAGCUGUUUCCGAUGCAUUUCAUGGAGAUGGACGCCACUGUCCUCGCGCCGGUGCGCACGAGUGGCUGCCCAGGGCGCGUGCAGCUCUCGCAGGUGGAGAGCAGGUCCAGAGCGGUCAGCAGCAGCAGCAGUCCAGAGCGUCUCCGGUGCACGCGCAGGCUGCGCUUUGUCUCCGUGUCGCCCCUCCAGACGCCCGUGGCGGUGGCCCGGCGCAACGAGCGCGAGCGCAACCGCGUGAAGCAGGUGAACCUGGGCUUCCAGACGCUGCGCCAGCACGUGCCGAGCGGCGCGGCCAGCAAGAAGAUGAGCAAAGUGGAGACGCUGCGCUCGGCCGUCGAGUACAUCCGCGCGCUCCAGAGACUCGUGAACGAGCACGACGCGGCAGCGCGCGCCGUCCCCUCUCCGGCUGCUUCCAACGCGAGCUCUGCGGGCGCCGAGUCUCCGCGCUCCGCGUGCUCCUCGUCGGACGAGUGCGGCGGAUACUACGAGAGCUACGAGCCGCUGAGCUCCGAGGAGCACGAGCUGCUGGACUUCAGCACGUGGUUCGACGGGUACUGAGGCAGCAGGUAACGGCGAGUUAAAGCGCGCGCCGUUAUCCCUGCGAUGGCCGAGCGAACUCUUUCUGAUCCAGGUGCUGCAAAUAAGGACUGGAAGACGAGGCUGAGGCCGGCUUCCUAUUGCCGUUCCACCUUAAAUGGUGCAGCAGUUGCAUUCUGGCUGCACCUUUUAAGGUGGAACCAGCCAGUGCGCACGAACCAAACAGAGCUCCGUUCCAGAGCGCACAGAACCAAGUCUGUUCCAUCUGAGCGCAUUAUAAGCGGCAAACGCCACUGAAAGGGCCAAACGAACAUCCUCUGUGGACAUUUCUGUUGGUCAGCCGAGUGCACGGGCUGCUGACCGCGAGAACCGAUGCUGUGCCUCAACACACAACCAAGAAGGUGUUGAGCUGUUGUUCUGUAGCCACUUCUAGAGGAAAAAAAUAGGUCGUAUCCAGUGAUUAAAGGUGCUUAAGUGGUGUGCACGUGAAGGAAAACGCUCCAAAAGCCCACUGAAACCAAGAACUCACAACAGCCAAACAGUGAAGUGUAGGCCUGUGGUCGUCUACACUGCCUAGUUUGCUGUGUUCCUCUCUGAUUCAGCCCCAGAAGGACUUUAUCAUUAGCUUUUAAUGGGAAACCAUAACACUGUGCAGCUUCAGGACUAGAGCUGGAAAACCACUGACACACACCUUAGAUAAACAAUGAUCUUUUUGUGUGGGAUGAAUGGCUUUUAUAUCAAAGUGUGCACUUGUGUCUUUUUUAUGCCAACUUGUGUAUAAUGUAAUUGUUUUAUAAAGAGCUUAUUUUAUGUAAAAUAAAGAUUUUUAUUUAUUCAGAAA